AUGGUGCAGAGACACAGCCUGACCAUCCCCCAUGGAGUGCCCGUCCUGGCUGUUUCCUUCCUGGCAUAUGUGGCCACAGGUGUGGAGCUGUCUGUAAAUAACCAGGCUGCUGACUUCACCCUGUCCACAGGGCUCAGCCCUGCCAUCUCCCUCUCCUGCCUCGUGCACAACAGCAGCCAGGCCGAGGAGCUGCUCUGGUACCGCGGGGAUGGGCAAGUGGAUCUGAAGGAUGGGAAUAAAGUGAACAUCAGCAACAUCUGCAUCUCCCCAGUCAACGAGUCUGACAACGGGGUCACCUUCACGUGCAGGCUGGCACGGGACAGGGCUGUGCAGGUGUCUGUGACCCUGGAUGUGCAGUUCCCUCCCCAUCUGAGUGGAGAGGAGACCCUGCACGUGGAAGAAGAGAAAGAUGUUACCCUGACCUGCAACUCCAAAUCCAACCCUCAAGGCCAAAGCACCUGGUUAAAGGACAGCCAGAGCCUGACCCUGCAGCAAAGUCGGCACAAGCAGUACCAGACCAGCGAGGUCUUUCAGCUCUCCAUCAGCAAAGUGCAGAAAUCUGACAAUGGCACCUACACCUGCCUGGUGGAAUCACGCCUGGGAAAUGGGACAAGGGAUUUCCACCUCAUCGUUGAAGAUAAAAAACCUGUUUUUCCCAAGGAGGCUGUUAUUGCUGCUGUCGUGGUGGUUACAAUCACAAUACUUUUUGGAAUUGUGGCUCGAAUAGAUAAAUUUCUUAAGUGCUUCAAGAAACCAAAAGAAACAGCUCUGUAA